GAAUUUUAUUCCGAAGGACAAGUGGAUGCUAAUACUCUAGUUGUUCUAGUUAGCGGGGAACAACUUGUUGGGAAGUCGACACUGAUCAAGACAUUGAGAAAAGAAGGAAACAAUGGCACAUCGAACGACUCGAAACGAACCCGAGGCAUCCAGAUGUCCAACUUCACUGAUGAGCGUGGUCAGCAUUUGCGUAUCAAAGAUCUCGCUGGGCAGGACGCGUUUUCAGCGACACACGACAUUUUCUGCCUAUCCACAUCAGUACCAAGCCUCGGUCUUGCUGUUGUCAAUAGUAAAUGGGACGAGAAACUCAUUACAACAAGCAUAACCACCACAGUUGGUCGGUUUUUGAGCCGGAGGCCACCAUCGGUAACAUCAGACCAGCCGUUCAAUGUCAUGAUCAUUGCGACCUUCCGCGACGAGAUCAAGAGAGAGGAUCAUGGAGAACUUGCUGCAAAGCUUAACACAAGCUGUCGUAGUGUCAAGGAGGAGUUUGGUGAUAAACUCCGCUUUCGAGGACGCUUUGCUAUCAAUGCCACCGUCAAUGACGCAAGCUUCGAUAGCCUGAGAGAAAGACUUUCUGAGGUUUGCACAGAUAUCCUGAGCAAAUCUCCCAAGCAACCCAAAGUGCUCGGGCAGGCAGAGGAAAUAUUGGCACAACUGCAUGACAACAUCCAAGAGCCAUUCUCAACAAGUCGGGAGUUCUCUCGACAGCUUUGUGCUGCUAGCCACAUAAAGUAUGAUGACCAUGCAGACAGCAUCAACACCGCACAAAUCCGUCGAUAUCGCAAGAUCCUCAAUGCGUAUGGGCUGAUUGUUUCUUUCUCAUCCCCUGACCUGGACGACAUCAUUGUUAACCGACCCAACUGGUUGCUCUCCAAGGCCAUUGGUCUCAUCUUCGCACCACCUGGGCUUGAUGAUGAAGAUAUGCUCCACUUCAAAGAUGGUGUUGCAAUGUUCCAAGAAGUCCUGGACAAGCUUAACAGCUGCGAGGGAGCAGAAGGUCGGGGCGGUCUGCUGCUGCAGAUGGUAGUACAACUAGGUGUGUUGCUGCAGGAGAAAGAAAGGAUCCUGGCACCCAGCCGUCUUCCGACCGCUGACAACUGCCUCGGCUCACUGGCCAAGAAAGAUUCAUCAUCUCGGUCGGCGUGCGCAGGAGUCUCUUUCACGACUCAGCACUGCUUCUCCACUGCUCUAGUUAUCCGGCUACAGACAGAGCUGUACGCCUAUUUCCACGAGCUUCACGGCAUUCCUGCUGAGCUCUGGAAGAAUCUGGUGGUAGUGGCUCCAGUCCAUUCCACAGCCCGUGGUUGCAUCUCCGUCACGGACAGCCUGCGCCAAGCUGUCGCUGUUGUCCAUGCGCCCGUUGAAGAUACGCUAGAUGGCUAUUGUCUGCUGGCUCUGUUGCGCAAGGUGUUUGGUGACCUGGCAGCACAGUAUAGCCCGGGUACUAGCUACUCCACAAGCAUCAUCAGCUCUGCUUCCAUUCGUCAACACCUCCACGAGCCAAGCGACAAGUUUGAUUUCGCUGUGUACGACGCAGAGGAAGUCCGAUCAUCCGUAGCAACAAAGGGUCAUCUCUCCACUAGCCAACGUUACGUUGAUCGUGCCCCGCUUCUUCUCGAAUGGCCGGUCAACCAUGCCUCACUGCUCUCUGCACAGUCCUUUGAGUCCAUCCGAGAAGGCCUUGGUGAGUCCGACCUGCCUGCGCUAGCCACCUGCCUGGGCCUUACAUCAUCAUCUUCAUCAUGUGCUGCAGUUUUGGUCCACAGCUGGGCAGUUACCGACUACCAUCACACCUCGACCAAGCUUCACCAGCUGCUAGUGAAAUCACCGAACGCCCAGCGCUUUGCAAAGAUCUGCAAGGUGCUACGGCAGCAUGAAGAACUGCUGGCCACCGAUUUCCCGGACAUAUUCCGGAAGCGUCGGGUGCAAGCCGUCCAGCCGGUCUCUGCCGGAGCUAUUUCCUCGACUGUUCAAUCAGACUCCGCGGAGAGCGUUCCUUCGAGCAGCCAGUCACACUCUGAUCAAGCCAGUCAGUCCACUGCUGCUCGCCAAGAUGAUGCUGGCCAUGCUGAGCAUCACGCUGCUAAUGGCAGCUGUGGAAUUUUCCUAUCCACUUCACCACUCCAUGCCAUGUGGUCAACGGACGAACGCAUCGCAAACCUGUACGAGGAGGAUGAAGCGGAGCUCUCUGAAGAAACAGACUCCGCGGAGAGCGUUCCUUCUGGCAGCCAGUCACACUCUGAUCAAGCCAGUCAGUCCACUGCUGCUCGGCAAGAUGAUGCUGGCCAUGCUGAGCAUCACGCUGGUCAUGGAAGCUGUGGAAUUUUCCUAUCCACUUCACCACUCCAUGCCAUGUGGUCAACGGACGAACGCAUUGCAAACCUGUGUCAGGAGGAUGAAGCGGAGCUCUCUGAAGAAACAGAGACGUUCUUGAAGAACCCAUUCAAGCACGCCAUCUUCAUUGCUGAUAUCCACAUCUGGCUGCAAUCACUAGGUGCUGCUGGCCUACGUGGCAAAGCGCAGAAGCACGGCUUCUUUACGGAUCUUGCUCAGAUCAACAAGCUUAUGAUCACUGAGCAGUACCGUGGUAAGGAAGCCCACAACUGUGAGCUGCUGGAUAUCAUCAUGGCACAGGAACGUGAUGGCUACAUCAAGCUGUGCAACAUCGUCAAGGGUUAUGGACAACUGUACACAACACGGCUUGAGCAGAUGAACAGUUUGCUGACGGAGAGUGAUCGAGUCUAAUCAGGUUACAGGUGUGUGCACUCUCAAACCAGGUUAUCGUUGUCAUGGUCACUGACGCCAGAGUCGGAACAGUGUCUGAUGUCUUCCAUUAUCAAUCCGUAGUAAUGCUGGCUAGAAAUUGGCCAUUGUGGCAAUUUGUUGUUUACUACUUCCCGUGCAUAUGCCAUGCAUGUAUGCAUACAAAUCCUUCACUUGUUUGCCUCAGUAUUGAAGAGCACUAUGGAUUUGUGUUUGUGUUCACUAUGGCCUUCACUCGUCUUUUUUAAGUUGUUUUAUGAAUGUAUGUAUGUGUGUGAGUGUUUGUUUGUGUGUUUGUAUAUGUGUGUGUGUGUGUGUGUGUGUGUGUGUGUGUGUGUGUGUGUGUGUGUGUGUGUGUGUGCGCGCGAGUGUGUGUGUUUGUUUGUGCAUGUACACUUCUUGCCGCCUGCAAAAUUUGCCUAGCUAUUUUUGUAGCACAAAGUGCUUGUGUGUUAUGCCAUUUCACUUGCUCUUCUUCGUCAUCAAUGAUGUCUAUGUAUGUGUUUGCCCUGAAGUUCCCGUUCGGCUUGCUUUUCGUACUACAACGGAACAGAACACACUGUCAUGAUUGUUUGCAUGUUGAACAGUUCGACUUGUUUUUAUCCAUCAUUUCUGAUCACAACAUGCUUUGUGCAUUUCACUGCAGCUUCACUUGCUAGUCUCCAUCAUUGCCUCAUGGAAAUGUAUGUGUGCGUGUGUGCAUUGCGAUGUCACUUGUUUUUUACUUUUAUUUUUACAUGACACAAUUAUUAUGUUUGUGAACUACUCCACUGCAGUUUCGCUUGUUAUUUUUCUCAUCACUAAAGCACAGAAUUUGUUUGUGUUACCCACAGUUUCCCUCUUUUUUUACCCAUCAUUCCAGACCCCAAUGAGCUUUUUGUCAUUGUUAUUCCCUUGCUAGUCUACAUCACUACCGACCUGCAAUAUGAUUGCAUGGGUUUGUGUGCAGUGAUGUCUUCAUUUGUUUUCUGUGGCAGUUACACAACAUGUGUUUGUGUACACUGCUGUUUCGCUUGUAUCAUUUCUUAUCACUACAGCACAGAAUACGUGUGUGGGUGGGUGUAUGGACUGAUCAUGCACUUCAUUACUUUUAUCCAUGAUGUGAGAUCACACUGUGGUCUUUGUGCCGCUCAUCACUGUUUUCAUUGCUGUUUUUCGUUGCUUUUUUCACUGCCAGCUGUUUUUGUUUGCUUUUUCAUUGCCAGCUGUUUUCGUUGCUGUUGUGUUGCCAGCUGUUUUCGCUGCCGUUGCCUUUCGCUUGCUAUUCUACAUGGUUGGAGUCGGCAAUGUAUUUUCAUGCUCUGCUGUUUUCUUACUUUGUUUUCUGUGGCUGUAAGGAACACACUUUGUCGGAACAGCAAUUUGCUUUGCAGGCCUUCUUUUUUAAUUACAGCACAGAAUGUGUGUGUGUGUGUGUGUCUGCACUGAUCUUGCACUUGUUUUCCUUAUCAUUGCACAACAUGAUGCGUUUACACUUUGCCAAGGUUUACACCAUGUACCACUGCUGCAAUUGCCUUGCCGGAUCAUUACGUCAUUACGUCAUUACGUCAUUACGUCAUUAAGGUACACAACUUGUUAGUGUACGGUGCACUGCACUUUCUCUAUUUUCUUCAUCAUUAUUCGGAAGUCUUGUUUUUGUUAUCCAUACGGAGACCCGACCUUCA